GCCCCGCCCCCGGCCCGGCGCUCCGGGCGCUAUAAGAGGGCGGCGGCCGCGGGGCGCCCUGCGCGGGGCUGGGAGCGCGAUGGUCAGCCGCCGAGGCGCGGCAAGAUGCUGGAUGGGCCCCUGCUGGCGCGCUGGCUGGCCGCGGCCUUCGCGCUGACGCUGCUGCUCGCCGCGCUGCGCCCCUCGGCCGCCUACUUCGGGCUAACGGGCAGUGAGCCCCUGACCAUUCUCCCGCUGACCCUGGAGCCGGAAGCCGCCGCCCAGGCACACUACAAGGCCUGUGACCGGCUGAAGCUGGAACGCAAGCAAAGGCGCAUGUGCCGCAGAGACCCGGGGGUGGCCGAGACACUGGUGGAGGCGGUGAGCAUGAGCGCACUUGAAUGCCAGUACCAGUUCCGGUUUGAGCGCUGGAACUGUACCUUGGAGGGCCGCUACCGGGCCAGCCUGCUCAAGCGAGGCUUCAAGGAGACCGCCUUCCUCUACGCCAUCUCCUCGGCCGGCCUGACGCAUGCGCUGGCCAAGGCGUGCAGCGCCGGCCGCAUGGAGCGCUGCACGUGUGAUGAGGCCCCCGACCUGGAGAACCGGGAGGCCUGGCAGUGGGGCGGCUGUGGGGACAACCUCAAGUACAGCAGCAAGUUUGUCAAGGAGUUCCUGGGCCGCCGCUCAAGCAAGGACCUGCGAGCCCGCGUGGACUUCCACAACAACCUCGUGGGUGUGAAGGUAAUCAAGGCCGGGGUAGAGACCACGUGCAAGUGCCACGGCGUGUCAGGCUCCUGUACUGUGCGGACGUGCUGGCGGCAGCUGGCACCCUUCCACGAGGUGGGCAAGCGCCUGAAACACAAGUACGAGACAGCACUCAAGGUGGGCAGCACCACCAACGAGGCCACCGGGGAGGCCGGCGCCAUCUCGCCGCCUCGGGGCCGGGCUGCAGGGACAGGAGGCAGCGACCCGCUGCCCCGCACGCCAGAGCUUGUGCACCUGGACGACUCGCCCAGUUUCUGCUUGGCCAGCCGCUUCUCCCCGGGCACUGCCGGCCGCAGGUGCCACCGGGAGAAGAACUGUGAGAGCAUCUGCUGUGGGCGUGGCCACAACACCCAGAGCCGGGUGGUGACACGGCCCUGCCAGUGCCAGGUGCGCUGGUGCUGCUACGUGGAGUGCAGGCAGUGCACCCAGCGUGAGGAGGUCUACACCUGCAAGGGCUGAGCCCUGGGGCCGGCCAGGCUGCUGCAGGGGGAAGAGGCCAUGCACCCAGUGUGAGGGGUCUACACUGCAAGGGCUGAGUCCCUGGGAUGGGGCCCCCAGCACACUUGGCACAUGGUGAUGAGAGCCCGGGGAUUGGCUGAGUUUGCUGUCCCUGCCUCUUUGUCCGUACUCUCAAAGACCCAGAGGCGGGAGGUGGCCCUGGUCUGGCCCCUGCAUCCCCUCUGUCCGUGUCCCACCCCCACCCCCAUGACCUGAGAGCGUGGCACCAUGCUUUCCAAGCUGUGUCCGUCCCUGAGAGGCCAGUUCCUGCGAGCGGCACCCUUCCCUGCUCUGGGCUCCCUCUGAGGAGCACCGGGUGCACCUUCGCGGCCAUACAGGGUCUCUGUGUGGCCGCCUGUGGGCUGUCCUGCUCCAGCACUGGCUUAGAGAGUCAAACCACUAGGAGAGAGACAGCCCGGCCACCCAGCCGCGGGGGUCACUGCUGUCCCCUCUGACAUGGAGCACUUCUCUUGGGAGUGAUGUUGGUGACUGUUAAAUUAUUUUUAUUUAACUAAUAUAUAAUAAUUAUUAUUUCCAUCCCUGCCCUGCCUCAGGCUUGUGGCUCCCCUCCUCUUGGUGGUGCCCAGUCUGGAGGGUCCCUUUCGUCCCUCCCCUCUACGCCCCCUCCUAACCUCUUUGCCUGAUCUGCUUUGUCGUUUGAAACCACUAAAUCAAGAGGGAUGUUGCUGUUGUUGUUUUUAAAGUAAUAAAGCAGGUUGUGUGUGGACACUGCCCUCAGGGCUUCUGGAAGCCAGGCCCCUAUACCCAGCUGCCCCCAGUGAGACUGUCCUGGGAAGUGGGUGGACCCCACUCUGGGAGACUUUGGCACGCACCCCAGCCACUUUGGUGUAGGUUUUAAGGCCUGGGGUGGCAGCCAUUGGCCUGCCCUCCCCCCAGGGGUGGGCACAGCAGAGGGGAGGGGCCAGCCCCUUGAAGGGUUCAUUUCCUAGCUUGCUUUGUGUUACUGCGGGAGGAGGCAGACGUGAGGACGCAUGUGGAUGGAGAGAAUCUGGGGCUAGGAUUUGGCAAAAGGCAGGCUGUUCUCUCUGGCCACUCUGUUGUCUUUGCAGGGAAGGAAAAUGGAUGGGCUACACUGACCUGGCUUGGUUUGAGUGUGUGUGCACAUGCGUGCAUAUGUGCAAGAGUGUACGUAUGUGUAGUGUGCUUGCAUAAGUGGUUUUGUGUGUAUACGUGUGCACGAGCACACGUGUGUGUGAAGUAUGUGUGCAUUUAUGUGCAUGCAUGUGUGAACACGCUUGCAGGUUUAUGCGUGAGCAUAUGCGUGAGCACGUGUGUGAGCAAGUCUGAAGUGUGUGCAUGCAUGAGACUGUGUCAGCAUAUGUAUGUGUCUGCAGAAGUGUGCAUGUGAGCACAGGGGGCUUGUAUGACACAUGCAUCUGUGCUGUGUGUGUGUGAGCAUGUGCACGUAGCUACGCAUGCAUGCUAUAUGUGUGAUGUGCAUGGGCAUGUGUGAUGUGCAUGCAUGCAUGCAUGUGGGUGAAUGUGUAGCCACAUGUAUCUGUGGUGUGUGUGCCUGUUCUGGCUGUGUUGGCAUGGUCAGUGGUCAGCUGGGAUGUGGCCUCCGCUCAGUGCCCUCCCUCAGCAUGAGGCUGUCCUUCCCACGUUGGUGUGAAUGGCAGCCUUGGCUCCUAGAUCCUUUGGCUCUGGGCCUGCCCUGCUCAGGCUCUGUGGCUGUGUUCUGGGUGGGUACAGAGCUGGGUGGCAGUGCAGACACAGGAACUACUGAGUGAGGGGGUUCCUUGGAGUUCCGUGGGCUCCAGGAACCCUGGGGACUGUGUUUUUAAAAGAAAACCUAUUUAUGUUGAUGUGGGUCUCUUGGUCCCUGUUCUAUAGUGUAAAUAGUGAAGUCUAUUCUGUGGUUCAGAGAACAUCCCGUGAAUGCCUGCAUGCUGAGAGGGUGGGGGCCAGGGGCCCAGAGUGGGUGCAGCCACACCCCCGUGACAAGACUGGAGCUCAGUCACUUCUGGGUCUGGAAAGGCAGCAAGUCGGAGGAAGGAUAUUUUGUUAACCAGAUACCACAUUUAGCUCUAUGUCAUAAUAUAAAGGGAAGUAUUUUUUUAAACAAGGCAGACUGAAAACGUCUGCUGGCUGGUCUGUUUAUAUAUAAACAUAUAUCAGAAUAUCUUGCUAAGCGAACUCCUCCUGACAGAGCCUCUGGUCAGCGUGCUGCUCUUCGUGCAGGAGAGCCUCUAGAAGAAACUGUGCCCAGGGGUCAGCCUCUCUGGGACGGGGCAGGGGGCGGGCCACAGGGCUCAGCCAUGCUGAGGGCCAGGCGGGUCCCGGCCACCUGCUCCCUGCCAGCCACACACAUGUGGACUCCUGGCUCGGUUUGGGAGGUCUGGGUAGGCUGGGGGGAGAGGGGCAUUCACACACGAGAACCCUCGUGCGAGCCUAUCGAUUUCUCUACCUCAUCUGUAUAGCGAGUAGGUGUGUACUCGAGUGACUUGGAGAAUGUAUUUAUUUAAUGGCUUUGUGUAACAGAACAGAAACGAAAUGGACACUAAAUAAAUGUAUUUUAAAUUAUA